UUGUUGUGUGGGGCAGAGCUUAGCGCGGAGCUCUCUUCCGGUGUCUGUCAGCCGCGAUGCCUCACUUGGAGAGCUUGGUGCUGUGUCGCGAGGCCCAGGUGUCCACCUUGCAGACCCUGUUUGGAGAGAGAAAUCAUUUCAGCUUUCCUUCGAUUUUCAUUUAUGGACAUACUGCCAGUGGAAAGACCUAUGUAACACAAACAUUGUUGAGAACUUUAGAGCUCCCACAUGUCUUUGUGAAUUGUGUUGAAUGCUUUACUCUAAGGCUGCUUUUGGAACAAAUUUUGAACAAGUUGAGUCGUCUUAGUUCCUCAGAGGAAGGAUGUUCUACUGAAAUAAACUGUGAAACAUUUAAUGACUUUGUUCGCUUGUUUAAAGAAGUCACCCAAGAUGAAAAUCUCAAGAAUCAGACUGUAUAUAUUGUUCUAGAUAAAGCAGAAUAUCUACGAGAUAUGGAAGCAAAUCUUUUACCUGGGUUUCUUAGGUUACAAGAAUUGACUGACAGAAACGUGACUGUUCUUUUCCUCAGUGAAAUUAUUUGGGAAAAGUUUCGUCCAAAUACUGGAUGCUUCGAGCCAUUUGUCUUGUAUUUCCCUGAUUACAGCAUAGGGAACCUUCAGAAGAUCCUGUGCCACGAUCACCCUCCAGAGUAUUCCGCUGAUUUCUACGCUGCCUACAUUAAUAUCCUUCUUGGCGUUUUCUACACUGUUUGUCGGGAUUUGAAAGAGCUCAGACAUCUAGCAGUACUUAAUUUUCCUAAAUAUUGUGAACCUGUUGUUAAAGGAGAAGCAAGUGAACGUGAUACUCGCAAACUGUGGAAAAAUAUUGAGCCUCACUUGAAGAAAGCCAUGCAGACCGUCUACCUCAGAGAGGUAUCAAGUUCUCAGUGGGAAAAGCUACAGAAAGAUGACACAGAUCCAGGACAACUAAAAGGUCUCUCAGCGUACACUCACGUGGAACUUCCGUAUUACUCUAAGUUUAUUCUAAUUGCUGCAUACCUUGCUUCUUACAACCCAGCAAGGACUGACAAGAGGUUCUUCCUUAAGCAUCAUGGGAAAAUCAAGAAAACUAACUUUCUAAAGAAACAUGAAAAGACAAGCAAUCAUCUCCUUGGACCAAAGCCGUUUCCAUUAGACCGAUUAUUAGCAAUAUUAUAUAGCAUAGUGGACAGCAGAGUGGCUCCAACAGCGAAUAUCUUCUCCCAGUUUCCACUGCUGAUUUCCUCACACACAACCCAUUCUCUGAGCCGUUUCCGCGCCAUUCUGGCUUGGAGCCUCCUCCUCCGCCCCUCCGUUUCACGCAGACCGCUUCACGCAGAGGAGCCCGUGCCUCCGCACGUGCGUACGUGCGUGAGUACGCGUGUGCGAGAGGCCCCUAGGAUCCACCAGGCCAAAGCCACGUGCCGGCAGUCACGUGUCAGGAGGCAGGGCCGAAGGCCGUUGGACGCGCCUGCGCAGCUCCAGGGGGUCGUGGCUGCUGAGCGGGCGCACCUCCCAGCGUCCUUAGCGCCCCUGUGCCGCCAGGAAACAGCGAAGCCGAGCGGGUUCCUGCUUUCCGUAAUCCGCGUCUGGGCCUCGCUUUAA